GCGUAAUGGUCGCUGAUUCCAGUUUAAUUCAAUGUUUGGAAAUGUGCCGCUUAGCGCUGUUAAGCGCAUUUAAUGUGUCACUUUACAGCAUCAUUUACAUGCGAAGGCAUCUGCACUUUAAUUAAAACCUUAAUCCCCGCUCUAAUUUCCCUAACCGGCGAAUAAUGCCCGAAAUUGAGUGGGACCGCGGAGCUGUGCGACCGUCGAAGCGAAAUCAACGGAACCACUGACCCACAUCCGCCACAGUAUAUGCAGCAUAUAUGGAAAUUAAACCGGCUAUGGCAGCGCACAUAUACGGGCAAUUAAAACACACCAGUUCGACCAAUUCCAGGCAGUGUGUAGACUGUAGAGGAUGUCGGGUGAACACUGGCAAUUGUGACAAGUGAGUGAGGAUCUCCUGACUGCCGCCCGAUUCCCCGGACGCCGUCAUAUAUUCCGGCUGUGACAAGUGGAUAUAUAUAGUCCAGUCCGUGUGUGUGCCGCUGGUGUCUCCGUGUGUUCCUCUCAUACAUCAUACUUUACCGGGUCAGCAGCGCCGCACGCCAUCCAACACGUCCCGCCCCUUCGCGCUUAGGCUGUCAGCUGGACGGAUCCCCGGCGUGGGCUGACUUCCGUUCGGUGGGGAGGCGAUGGAUUGGCCGGACACCGCGGCACACUGGCGGUUACGCGGAUCAAAGUCCAGCAAUUCGGGCCGCCGGAGUCUAUGUUAAGCCAAUUGCGAUGACUAUGAGCCACCAUGAGAUUCGCGGUGCCGUUCCCAAGAAACUAUUUGCGCCUCGACUGGACCGCAUUUAUGUGUAUCUGUACGAGUAGUACGAGUGUAUAAGUAGUUCAGACUGCAGCAUACAAAAAGUAAGUUUCUAACAAUACAACAUCUUUUAGAAAAAUCUGAAUUUAAAAGUCGUUAAAAGAUUUAUUUUAUUCAGGCUUGAUAUACAAACAAUGUUUUUUUCAAUAUAACUUUAACAGAUCUAUAUUAACAAGUUAGAAGAGCAUCUGCAUCCGAAUAUUCUGUGCAUUGUGGAAAAAAUACCGACGAAAACUAGGAAACACCAAUAUAAAAAUUUAUAUAUUACGGUUGACCAAAAAUGCCCGUUUAAUUAAUUGGAUGCAAGUUCUUUCUUUUCGCUAACGAUCCAGCCGAAGGUUACUAAUUGUCUCGAGAAACCAUAAAUCAUUUUCUUUGUACCAUGCAGAAAACAUGACCAGCACGCAAAGACACAACGACAAGGGGGAUUAAUGGCUGUGGCUUUGUUGUCAGUGCGCGCGCGGAGGAGGCCAGCCGCAAUCACGAAGGAGGUCGGCAGUUGGGGUUACGCGGCAGCGCACAGUGCCAGCGCGCCCGGCGUAAUUGCUCUGGAGGCAGCCAUCCCGCGGGCCCCGCCCACCUCACACAAUGCGCAUACUCACUCACUCGGGAUAGAUCCAGAGGAUAUCACUCGCGGUGCCUGCAACACGAUCCCCAGCGCCAGUGUUUACGCAAAUACAGUCUCAUAUAUACGCCCGUACUUGUACAGAUAUAUUAUAUACAUCCGCAUCGCAGCAGCGGCUAUUAGCCUUCGCCUUGUUUUGCUCAAAGAUUUCUCUUUGUCUGCGAGCGCGCGUCUCUGACUUUCUCUCUGCUGGUGUGUGGAGGCUACAAUGCGCCUGCAUCGGAUCUCUAAUGACUUCCUCGCCAACUUGACAAUCCGCUUUACCGUACCGCAUCUUGGCACUCCGAUUAGGUCACUCAUUGAGAACUGCCGGGAACAGGUCGGCGGUCUUCCGGAACCAAUCGCCGGGCACUUUUCACCCCGUUUCUUGGUCUGUGCCCGUUGACGCUGCUGCGCAUCAGCGCACUGACGAGUGGUCGGGCAUGUUAGCCGGUUUUUGAUUAUUUUGCCAAUUAAAGAUUAUACCACCGCGAAAAGCGGGUCACUAGCGCCGUUCAUGGUGUAAGGGAUUGGGUUUUUUGUUAUUUCCUGAGGGAACUGGAAAAUGUGGAUCAUGUGGAUAAGGAGACUGUUUCAGUGUGUAUCGUUUAUCGUCUUGCUGACAAUGACUACCGGGAAGAAAAACGGGAAAGGUAAAGUGCUGAACAAACAGAGGGAACUGGAAUUCGCCAUGCCCCAUAUGAAAAACCUGACAAUUCAGCAGGGACAAGAUGCUCAGUUCUUCUGCAAAGUCGGCAGAAUACACAAAGACCAUAACAGCCAGAAUAAGCUGCAGUUAGUGUGGAUUAGACUGGAUACGCAAACAAUUUUAGCAAUUGAGAAGCAGAUCGUUCAAGAUAAUCCCCGUAUCAGCGUACACCAGCACGACCGGCUGGAAUUUACUCUCCAUAUUAAAAACGUCCAACCGGAAGACAGCGGAGUCUAUGCCUGCCGCAUCAACACUAAGCCCUUUGCUCAAAUGAAAGCUGCCUUGGAUGUUCGUGUACCCCCGGUAAUAAUCGCCGCUGAUACUACCGACACCGUCAUGGCCCAUGAAGAGCAUGACGUCAUUCUAAAGUGCAAGGCCACCGGUCAUCCGUCGCCCACCAUCACGUGGCAGCGCGAAGACGGCGAACUGAUUCGCACCCGCGGUCAUGAUCGAGUGCGGACAUACAAAGGCUCGGUUCUGCAUAUCCCCAAAAUAAAACGAACAGAAAUGGGUACUUACCUCUGUAUGGCAUCCAACGGAGUGCCGCCGGCGGUCAGCCAACGCAUCAGCGUCAAUGUUGAAUUCACGCCAAAGCUUUGGGUGGAACCGAAGUACAUGGGUGCCUGGAAGGGCGAUUCCAUAGAACUAAAGUGCGAAGUAGAAGCAUAUCCUCCGGCGGCGAUGCUGUGGUUCCAGGACAGCAAUGUUCUCUCUAACAGCGACAAAUUCGAUAUCCGCACCGAAAUUAGCAAUGGCUCGCCGCCCUACCGCAAAAAGUUCAUCCUCACCAUCAAAAAGGUGGACGAGAACGACUAUAAACAUACCUACACAUGCUCGGCGGAUAAUCACAACGGGAAGAAGGAAGAGGUCAUCAAGUUACAUGAAAAGGAAUCGCCAAAAUAUGAUGCCGAUUUUAAUUCAGUAUUAUAUGACGGACAACAAAUGGACGAGGACAAUCUGGCGGUCAAUGCCAAAGGCAGUCCAAAGAAGAAAUCGCCCAAUGGAAGUUCAGCGCAGAUCGCCAUGUGCCAUUGGCUGUUGCUCACAGCGGCAUUUCUCUGUGGAUUAUCCUAUCUAUAUGUUGUCAGAUGUCGGGUUUCUUAACAAAACGAGACAAUCAACUGUUGUUGCACACACACUCUGCCGGGAACUGGAAGGUCAUUAAACCAAAAGAUAUUCGAUCGGCCAUUGUCGGGAGCCUGGACCGAGACAAUCUGUGAUCAUUUUGCUUAUAAUCAUAAUUAUACUAAAAUUUAAGUCGUGUUAAAUGGUCGGAGAGUAUUCGAUGUGCGCGUUCGUGAAGAGUGUAUUAUAGUCUCCUUCAGUAUAUAAGCAUUUCACAAACGUUUUAUUACCUCUUUUAUGAUCUCGAGCAUGUUUACAGGAACCACGCAUUAUUGUUUCCAUUUCUGUGCCGGUACGGGUGGACGGAACAGAGAAGAGUUUUCAAGUAAACUACGG